AAUUUUGCUUGAUUUUUUUUGUUUUUGAUUUCUUUGUUUGGUUCUACUUUUAUUACAAAUUUUGUGCAAAUUCAAAAACAAAUAAAACUUGAGCUAAUCGAUUAGUGAGUACAUCAAGUAAACAAACAUUGAUAAAAUGGAUAAAUUGCGAAGGGUCUUGAGUGGCGACGAUCGGACCUUGGAAGAGGAAAGUGGAAUAAUAACCCAGAUUAAUGACAUGUCCACAUUGAGUUGGUCGACACGCAUAAAAGGAUUCUGCAUAUGUUUUAUUGUUGGUAUUGUGUUUUCAUUUCUUGGCGCUUUAGCCUUGUUUUUACACAGUGGAAUUGUUGUCUUUGGGGUUUUCUACACCUUAGGCAAUAUAAUUUCAAUGGCUAGUACUUGUUUCCUAAUGGGUCCCUUUAAUCAAAUAAAGAAAAUGUUUUCAAAUACUCGUUUAAUUGCUACUUGCUUAGUAAUAUUUUCUCUUGUUAUGACAUUAGUAGCAGCCUUAGUGUUAAAAAAACCCGGUGCAACUCUGAUUUUCAUUAUCAUUCAAUCUUUGGCCAUGACUUGGUAUUCCCUCUCAUAUAUACCUUAUGCUCGAGAUGCGGUUAAAAAAACCGUAUCUGCUUGCUUGGAUGUUUAGUCGUUUAUCGUGCAUUUGAAUAUUUUAGCAAAGCCGUCAAAAUGUAUUUGUUUUUACUAGUUUAGGAUAUACGUCUAAAAUUAU